CCGCCGCUCCCGGCUGCGGGGCUCGGAGGCAGCGGGGGCCGUGCCCCAGCCAUGGCCGGGCGCGGAGCGGGGUUGCGGAGCUGCGGCCGCGCCGCCCGGCUCCUCCUGCUCUUCCUCAGCUGGCUCUGCGCGCCCCUGCUCGCCCAGCCCGGAGCUCCGCAGGCGGGUGUGUCUGAACCUUCUUUCAUCGCUAAAAGUGAAGAUCGUUUGUUCAAGCAUUUAUUUGAAGACUAUCAGAGGUGGGUUCGUCCAGUGGAGCGCUUGAACGACACAAUAAAAAUCAAGUUUGGCCUUGCAAUCUCCCAGCUGGUAGAUGUGGAUGAGAAAAAUCAGCUGAUGACGACAAAUGUGUGGUUGAAACAGGAAUGGAUAGACGUGAAACUAAGGUGGAAUCCCGAAGACUAUGCCGGAAUAACAUCUAUCCGUGUCCCCUCAGAUUCCAUCUGGAUUCCAGACAUUGUGCUCUAUGACAAUGCAGAUGGACGUUUUGAGGGAACAUCCACAAAAACCGUGGUUAAAUACGACGGCACCAUUGCUUGGACUCCACCAGCCAACUAUAAAAGUUCUUGUACCAUCGAUGUGACCUUCUUCCCCUUCGACCUCCAGAACUGCUCCAUGAAGUUUGGGUCCUGGACUUACGACGGCUCGCAGGUCGAUCUGAUCCUCGAAGAUUACGAUGUUGACAAAAGAGAUUUCUUUGAUAACGGAGAAUGGGAAAUAGUGACUGCAACGGGGAGCAAGGGAAACAGGACUGAUGGGUGCUGCUGGUAUCCUUUUGUGACGUAUUCAUUCAUAAUUAGGCGUUUGCCCCUUUUCUACACCUUGUUUCUCAUUAUCCCCUGUAUCGGGCUGUCAUUUCUCACCGUCCUUGUCUUCUACCUGCCUUCGAACGAAGGCGAAAAAAUUUCGCUUUGCACCUCAGUCCUGGUCUCUUUGACUGUUUUCCUGCUUGUCAUCGAAGAAAUUAUUCCCUCAUCUUCCAAAGUUAUCCCACUCAUCGGAGAGUACUUGGUGUUCACUAUGAUAUUCGUGACCUUGUCCAUUGUGAUAACUGUCUUUGCCAUCAACAUCCACCACCGCUCCUCGUCCACGCACAACGCGAUGGCACCGUGGGUUCGCAAGAUCUUUCUUCACAAGCUGCCCAAGCUGCUCUGCAUGAGAAGUCAUGUGGACAGGUACUUCGCCCAGAAGGAGGAAACGGGGAAGAUGAGUGGCUCGGAAUCGUCGAGGAACACCUUGGAAGCAGCCCUGGAUUCCAUCCGCUACAUCACGAGGCACGUGAUGAAGGAGAAUGAAGUUCGGGAGGUGGUUGAAGACUGGAAAUACAUCGCUCAGGUGCUCGACCGAAUGUUCCUGUGGGCUUUCCUUCUGGUUUCAAUCGUUGGGUCACUUGUCUUGUUUAUUCCUGUUAUUCACAAGUGGGCAAGUAUAAUAGUACCUACACAUAUAGGCAGUGCAAAUGCCUGAAAUAUUUUUGGGGCUGAAAUAUUUUCCUGCUGAUGUGGCUCCCAAGAGUUGGGCAGGAGCUCUGUUUCCAUGCACGUUCUUUGUAGGCAUGUUUGUGAUAGAGCGAAAAAAAAACAAA